CGGGCGCGCAGGAUCUGAGAGCCCGCGAGCCAGCGAGCAGCGGCUGCGGCCACCCCUGCGCGCAGCGAUCGGGGCGUCCCGGCCCGCGCCCCCCGCGGCAGGGAUGCAUCAUGGCCACGCUGGCUUGCCGGGUGCAGUUCUUGGACGACACGGACCCUUUCAACAGCACCAACUUCCCCGAGCCCAGCCGGCCACCGCUGUUCACGUUCCGCGAGGACCUCGCGCUCGGUACCCAGCUGGCCGGGGUCCAUCGGCUGCUGCGGGCGCCGCACAAGCUUGAUGACUGCACACUACAACUCUCCCACAAUGGCACCUACCUGGACUUGGAAGCCACCCUGGCAGAGCAGCGGGAUGAGCUGGAAGGCUUCCAGGAUGAUGCUGGGCGGGGCAAGAAGCACAGCAUCAUCCUACGGACGCAGCUGUCAGUGAGGGUCCAUGCCUGCAUCGAAAAACUUUACAACUCCAGUGGACGAGAUUUAAGAAGGGCCCUUUUCUCCCUGAAGCAGAUAUUUCAGGAUGACAAGGAUUUGGUGCAUGAGUUUGUGGUGGCUGAAGGUCUGACGUGUUUGAUCAAGGUGGGAGCGGAGGCCGAUCAGAACCACCAGAACUACAUCCUGAGGGCUUUGGGCCAGAUUAUGUUGUAUGUGGAUGGGAUGAAUGGAGUAAUAAACCACAAUGAAACCAUACAGUGGCUGUAUACUCUCAUUGGGUCAAAGUUCCGCCUGGUGGUGAAGACAGCCCUGAAGCUGCUGCUCGUCUUUGUGGAGUACUCGGAGUCCAAUGCCCCUCUUCUAAUUCAGGCCGUCUCUGCUGUUGACACAAAAAGAGGCGUCACACCCUGGUCAAAUGUCAUGGAAAUCCUGGAGGAAAAGGAUGGAGUUGACACGGAGCUGCUGGUUUAUGCGAUGACUUUAGUGAACAAGACGUUAUCAGGAUUGCCAGACCAAGACACCUUCUAUGAUGUCGUGGAUUGCCUGGAGGAGCUGGGCAUCGCUGCCGUGUCCCAGAGGCACUUGAGCAAGAAAGGGACUGACCUGGACUUGGUGGAGCAAUUGAACAUUUACGAGGUGGCGCUCAGGCACGAGGAUGGCGACGAGACAGUGGAGCCGCCUCCCAGCGGGCGCCGGGACCGCAGGAGGGCCAGCGUGUGUUCCAGCAGCGGGGGCGAGCACCGCGGCCUCGACCGCAGGCGGAGUCGCAGGCACUCGGUGCAGAGCGUCAAGAGUCCCCUGUCGGCUCCCACCAGUCCCUGCUCCCAGUCGGCUCCCAGCUUUAAGUCCGGUCAAGUGCAGAACCUGCGUGAAAAAUACAGCAACUUUGGCAACAGCUCUUACCACUCCUCGAGACCCCCAUCUGGACCCAGUGUGCCCACCACCCCCACGUCGCUCUCACCCCCACAGGAGGCCAGGCUGGAAAGGUCAUCACUGAGUGGUCUUGUCACGUCAUCCUUUAGGCAGCACCAAGAGUCACUGGCUGCAGAGAGAGAGAGGCGGCGGCAGGAGAGAGAAGAAAGGUUGCAGAGAAUAGAACGGGAAGAAAGAAACAAAUUCAGCCGAGAAUAUUUAGACAAAAGAGAGGAGCAAAGACAAGCAAGAGAAGAAAGAUACAAAUACUUGGAACAGUUGGCAGCCGAGGCGCACGAGAAGGAGCAGAGAAGCCGGAGCGUGAGCCGGGCCAGAGUCGACCUCUCCUUGGACCUGACCUCACCGGCAGCUCCCGCCUCCCCUGCCCCUCAGAGCCACAGCCCGUCAUCUUUAGACUCGCAAGAGGCUCUCACGGUAUCGUCCUCCUCCCCGGGAACACCUCAGCAUCCCCCAGCCAGUGCCGGGCAUCCUAAGCCUGAACCGGAGGCAGAACCAGGACCGGAGGCAGAGGCGGGGCAGGUUGCUGAUGAAGCCAGCCAGGACAUAGCUGCUGCCCACGGGGGAGUGGAGAGCGAGGCGGAGCAGGCGUUGGAGCCCGAAGAAAGAGCCUCCCUCAGUGAAAAAGAGAGGCAGAACGAAGGGGUGAACGAGAGGGACAACUGCUCCGCCUCCAGCAUCUCGUCCUCCAGCAGCACGUUGGAGAGGGAGGAGAAGGAGGACAAGCUCUCCGGGGACAGGGCGACUGGUUUGUGGUCCGCGGGAGUUCAGGAUGCGGGUGUGAAUGGGCAGUGUGGCGACAUCCUCACCAGCAAACGGUUCAUGCUGGACAUGCUGUAUGCCCAUAACAGGAAGUCCCCGGGGGACGGUGAGGCUACAAGGACCCAGCAGGAGGCAGAGGCGGUCACCAGCCUCGCCACCAGGGUCUCCACCCUGCAGGCCAACUCACAGGCUCAGGAUGAGAGCGUCAGAAGGGUGGACAUCGGCUGUUUGGACAAUCGGGGCAGCGUGAAAGCAUUUGCGGAGAAAUUCAACAGUGGGGACCUGGGGAGAGGGUCUGUUUCCCCUGAUGCUGAGCCCAAUGACAAGGUCUCGGAGACAGCACCGGUACAGCUGAAGACAGAGGCUGAUUACAUCUGGGACCAGCUCAUGGCCAACCCGAGGGAACUCAGAAUCCAAGACAUGGAUUUCACCGACCUGGGAGAGGAGGACGACAUCGAUGUCCUGGAUGUGGACUUGGGUCACAGGGAGGCCCCCGGGCCACCUCCCCCACCCCCGCCCACCUUCCUGGGUCUGCCGCCCCCUCCGCCUCCACCCCUGUUGGACAGCGUGCCUCCCCCUCCCAUCCCCGGUAAUUUAUUGGCUCCUCCUCCUCCAGUGUUCAACGCUCCUCAGGGCUUAGGGUGGUCCCAGGUACCCAGGGGUCAGCCCACGUUCACUAAGAAAAAGAAGACCAUCCGUCUGUUCUGGAAUGAAGUCCGGCCUUUUGAGUGGCCGUGUAAAAACAACCGACGCUGCAGAGAAUUCCUGUGGUCAAAACUGGAACCCAUUAAGGUGGACACUUCCAGACUGGAGCACCUGUUUGAGUCUAAAUCCAAGGAACUGUCUGUCACAAAGAAAACUGCUGCAGAUGGAAAAAGGCAAGAGAUCAUCGUUCUGGACUCCAAGAGGAGCAAUGCCAUCAAUAUCGGUCUGACUGUGCUGCCCCCUCCGAGGACGAUUAAGAUAGCCAUUCUGAAUUUCGAUGAAUAUGCCUUAAACAAAGAAGGAAUUGAGAAAAUUCUAACCAUGAUUCCCACGGAAGAGGAGAAGCAGAAAAUCCAGGAAGCACAGCUGGCCAACCCGGAAGUGCCCCUGGGCAGCGCAGAGCAGUUCCUCCUCACGCUGUCCUCCAUCAGCGAGCUCUCUGCUCGGCUCCACCUCUGGGCGUUCAAGAUGGAUUAUGAAACCACAGAGAAGGAAGUGGCAGAACCACUUUUGGACCUGAAGGAAGGAAUAGACCAAUUGGAGAACAAUAAAACCUUGGGCUUUAUCCUGUCCACCCUCUUAGCCAUUGGGAACUUUCUAAAUGGAACGAAUGCCAAAGCGUUUGAGUUAAGCUACCUCGAGAAGGUUCCAGAAGUCAAAGACACAGUACACAAGCAGUCGCUUCUCCACCACGUGUGCACCAUGGUGGUGGAAAACUUCCCAGACAGCUCCGAUCUGUACUCGGAGAUCGGGGCCAUCACCAGGUCGGCCAAGGUUGACUUUGAUCAACUUCAGGAUAAUUUAUGUCAGAUGGAGAGAAGAUGCAAAGCUUCGUGGGAUCACCUCAAGGCAAUUGCAAAACAUGAAAUGAAACCAGUUUUAAAACAACGGAUGUCAGAGUUCCUAAAAGACUGUGCAGAGCGAAUUAUAAUUUUAAAGAUUGUCCAUAGAAGAAUAAUUAACAGAUUCCACUCCUUUUUGCUCUUCAUGGGCCAUCCGCCUUACGCGAUUCGGGAAGUGAACAUAAACAAGUUCUGCAGGAUCAUUAGUGAAUUUGCACUAGAGUAUCGCACCACCAGGGAAAGGGUUUUGCAGCAGAAACAGAAACGGGCCAACCACAGAGAGAGAAAUAAGACCAGAGGGAAGAUGAUCACUGAUUCUGGCAAGUUCUCUGGCAGCUCUCCGGCGCCACCGAGCCAGCCGCAGGGUCUGAGCUAUGCCGAGGACGCGGCCGAGCAUGAGAACAUGAAGGCUGUGCUGAAAACCUCUUCCCCUGCCGUGGAGGACGCCACCCCCGUGCUGGGCAUCCGCACUCGCAGCAGAGCAAGCAGAGGAUCCACUGGUUCCUGGACUAUGGGAACCGAUGACUCACCUAACGUCACCGACGAUGCAGCCGAUGAGAUCAUGGACCGCAUCGUCAAGUCGGCCACCCAAGUGCCCAGUCAGCGAGCGGUGCCGAGGGAGAGGAAGCGAUCCCGGGCCAACCGGAAAUCUCUGCGAAGGACCCUGAAGAGCGGCCUGACUCCAGAAGAAGCCAGAGCCCUGGGCUUGGUCGGCACAUCGGAAUUGCAGCUCUGACACUCGUGGGGCACCCCAAGAAAUGUGCUGAGCAGAGGGCAAGCUCUUGCUGGACAGAACUCUUCCCGUGGGAGCGAGGGAGACCUGACCCUAACAUAUGAUGGUUCAGAAAGGGAGUGCUCGAUUGUAGGUGUCACCACAUGGCUUGUGGUGCCCGCUACGCAUUGACUUGGAUCCCCAGGAGUGUCCCGCACAUAAUUUCUCCAUCGUGUCAGCUGUGUUCCUCUUGAUUCCUUGACACUUGCUUUAUUUGUUCCAAAGUGUGACACCUUUUCUGGGCAAGGAACAGCCCCUUCAAGGAGCAAAUCACUUCUGUCACAGUUAUUAUGGUAACAUGAGGCAAUUUGAUUAGAUUCACAGACUGGGUCUCCACAACACCAAAAUAUCCGGAUGUAAACUCCAAACAUGUACACAAAAGAAAGCACAGAUUGUUUACCAGUUGUGGAUUUUAGAUGUACUAAAUGUUUAUACAAAUACGUAAAUGUACACCAUGUUUCAAAUACUAAAUAAAUAGAGUUUAAUGCCAUAA